GCCGCAGCGAGGGAGCUGUUGUCGGCCGCCAGGCGGGAGUCUCUGGGCCGCCGCUGUCUCUGCCGGGAGAGCGGAAGAUGCAGGAAGCACGCUUGGACGCCGGCCGGCACUAAGGGGAGCAGCGGGCAGCGGCUACGGAAGCGUUGCGGUGAGGCCCUAAACAGACCGAAGCUCCAGUCAGCUUUGGCGCGUGGUGGACUCCGGAGGCCGCCGGAGCCGAGAGCACCAGGCGGGACCCGCUGGCCCCAGGCCCUAGAGGUCCGGGGCUCUGGCGGGUCUGGCACUUGGGCUGCCCACAUCGAGAGUGCAGCUGCGGUGAAGCCGUCUUUCUGUGGGGCUGAAGCCCCGUGCAACACGUGGGUCAUUUCUUUGAAACCAUUAGAAACGUGCGACAAUGAGGAGCCGGAGUAACUCCGGGGUCCGACUGGACAGCUACGCUCGACUGGUGCAACAGACCAUCCUGUGCCAUCAGAAUCCAGUGACCGGCUUGCUUCCAGCUAGCUAUGAUCAGAAAGACGCAUGGGUCCGAGAUAAUGUGUACAGCAUCUUGGCUGUGUGGGGUUUGGGCCUGGCCUAUCGGAAGAAUGCAGAUCGGGAUGAGGAUAAAGCAAAGGCCUACGAACUGGAGCAGAGUGUAGUGAAGCUGAUGAGAGGACUGCUGCACUGCAUGAUCAGACAGGUGGAUAAAGUAGAAUCCUUCAAGUAUAGUCAGAGUACUAAGGAUAGUCUCCAUGCCAAGUACAACACCAAAACCUGUGCCACUGUAGUGGGUGAUGACCAAUGGGGACACCUGCAGUUGGAUGCUACUUCUGUAUACUUGCUCUUCUUAGCACAAAUGACUGCCUCUGGACUCCAUAUUAUCCACAGCCUAGAUGAAGUCAAUUUCAUACAGAACCUUGUGUUUUACAUUGAAGCUGCCUAUAAAACUGCUGACUUUGGGAUAUGGGAACGCGGAGACAAGACCAAUCAAGGGAUAUCAGAACUGAAUGCCAGUUCAGUAGGAAUGGCAAAGGCAGCCCUGGAAGCAUUAGAUGAACUUGACCUGUUUGGUGUGAAAGGUGGGCCCCAAUCAGUUAUCCAUGUCUUGGCUGAUGAAGUACAACACUGCCAGUCUAUCCUUAAUUCCCUACUACCCCGGGCUUCAACAUCCAAAGAAGUUGAUGCUAGUCUACUUUCAGUGAUCUCCUUCCCAGCCUUUGCAGUAGAGGAUAGCAAGUUGGUGGAGAUCACAAAGCAGGAGAUCAUCACCAAGCUUCAGGGUCGUUACGGUUGCUGUCGUUUUCUCCGUGAUGGGUAUAAAACCCCUAAAGAGGAUCCCAAUCGUCUAUACUAUGAACCAGCUGAGCUGAAGCUGUUCGAAAACAUUGAAUGUGAAUGGCCAUUGUUCUGGACUUACUUUAUCCUUGAUGGGGUCUUCAGUGGCAAUGCAGAACAGGUUCAAGAGUAUAGAGAGGCUCUUGAAGCAGUUCUCAUCAAGGGCAAAAAUGGGGUCCCACUUCUGCCAGAGCUCUAUAGUGUUCCUCCUGACAAGGUUGAUGAAGAGUAUCAGAAUCCUCACACCGUGGACCGAGUCCCCAUGGGGAAGUUGCCUCACAUGUGGGGUCAGUCUCUAUACAUUUUAGGAAGCUUGAUGGCAGAGGGAUUUUUAGCUCCUGGAGAAAUUGAUCCACUGAAUCGUAGGUUCUCUACAGUACCAAAGCCAGAUGUUGUGGUUCAAGUCUCCAUCCUUGCUGAAACAGAAGAAAUUAAGGCCAUUUUGAAGGACAAGGGAAUUAAUGUGGAGACCAUUGCUGAGGUAUACCCCAUCAGAGUACAGCCAGCCCGUAUUCUCAGCCACAUUUAUUCCAGCCUCGGAUGCAAUAAUAGAAUGAAACUCAGCGGACGACCCUACAGACACAUGGGAGUACUUGGAACUUCCAAACUCUAUGACAUUCGGAAAACUAUCUUUACUUUCACUCCACAGUUUAUAGACCAGCAACAGUUCUACCUGGCUCUGGACAACAAGAUGAUAGUGGAAAUGCUUAGAACAGACCUGUCCUACCUCUGUAGCCGCUGGAGGAUGACAGGCCAGCCUACUAUCACUUUCCCCAUCUCACACACCAUGCUUGAUGAGGAUGGAACCAGCUUGAAUUCAAGUAUCUUGGCAGCACUACGAAAAAUGCAGGAUGGCUAUUUUGGUGGGGCAAGGAUCCAAACAGGUAAAUUAUCAGAGUUUUUGACAACAUCUUGUUGCACACACUUGAGCUUCAUGGACCCUGGACCUGAGGGUAAGCUGUACAGUGAAGAUUAUGAUGACAACUAUGAUGAGCUGGAAUCAGGUGACUGGAUGGAUGGUUACAAUUCAACCAGUACUGCUCGCUGUGGUGAUGAAGUUGCUCGUUAUUUAGAUCACCUUUUGGCACACACUGCUCCCCAUCCUAAACUAGCACCUGCCUCACAGAAGGGAGGGCUAAAUCGGUUCCGAGCUGCUGUACAAACAACCUGCGACUUAAUGUCCUUGGUGACCAAGGCCAAGGAGCUGCAUGUACAGAAUGUUCACAUGUAUCUUCCUACAAAGUUAUUUCAGGCUUCUCGCCCUUCACUCAACUUACUUGACUCAUCUCAUCCCUCACAGGAGGACCAGGUUCCAACUGUUCGUGUAGAAGUACAUCUUCCUAGAGACCAGUCUGGGGAAGUGGACUUCCAGGCACUGGUUUUGCAGUUGAAGGAGACGUCAAGCUUACAGGAGCAAGCUGAUAUUCUCUACAUGCUAUAUACUAUGAAAGGACCUGACUGGGAUACUGAAUUAUAUGAAGAAGGGAGUGCUACAGUCAGAGAGCUUCUUACUGAGUUAUAUGGCAAAGUUGGAAAAAUUCGUCACUGGGGCCUGAUCCGAUACAUCUCUGGGAUCUUAAGGAAGAAGGUGGAAGCACUCGAUGAGGCCUGCACAGACCUUCUGUCCCACCAGAAACAUUUGACAGUGGGACUCCCUCCAGAGCCUCGAGAAAAGACCAUAUCUGCACCUCUCCCCUAUGAGGCACUCACUCAGCUGAUAGAGGAAGCCUGUGAAGGGGACAUGAACAUUUCAAUCCUUACACAGGAAAUAAUGGUAUAUCUAGCCAUGUAUAUGAGAACUCAGCCUGGUCUCUUUGCUGAAAUGUUUCGACUUCGAAUUGGUCUGAUCAUACAAGUUAUGGCAACAGAACUGGCCCACUCCCUUCGAUGCUCAGCUGAGGAAGCCACGGAGGGCCUGAUGAAUCUCAGUCCUUCAGCCAUGAAGAAUCUCCUGCACCACAUUCUCAGUGGCAAGGAGUUUGGAGUGGAACGAAGUGUUCGUCCCACUGAUUCAAAUGUCAGUCCUGCUAUUUCUAUCCAUGAGAUCGGUGCUGUUGGAGCAACCAAAACGGAACGAACUGGGAUCAUGCAAUUAAAAAGUGAGAUAAAGCAGGUGGAAUUUCGUAGACUGUCUAUCUCAACAGAGAGUCAGUCUCCUGGAACCUCUAUGACUACGAGUGGUGGGUCCUUUCCUGGUCAUCACACAUCUAAAGAUAGUCGUCAAGGUCAAUGGCAACGCCGAAGAAGGCUGGAUGGAGCACUAAAUAGAGUGCCAAUCGGAUUUUAUCAAAAAGUGUGGAAGGUUUUGCAGAAGUGUCAUGGACUUUCUGUGGAAGGUUUUGUUCUUCCUUCUUCAACAACUAGAGAGAUGACUCCGGGAGAGAUUAAAUUCUCUGUUCAUGUGGAGUCUGUCCUGAAUCGGGUACCUCAGCCAGAGUACCGCCAGCUUCUAGUUGAAGCCAUCCUUGUCCUUACCAUGCUGGCAGAUAUUGAAAUUCAUAGCAUUGGAAGCAUCAUCGCUGUGGAAAAAAUAGUGCAUAUAGCCAAUGACUUGUUCCUUCAAGAACAGAAAACCCUUGGCGCAGAUGAUAUCAUGUUGGCAAAGGAUCCUGCAUCUGGCAUCUGUACUCUUCUGUAUGACAGUGCACCCAGUGGCAGGUUUGGCACCAUGACCUACCUCUCCAAGGCAGCCGCCACCUACGUGCAAGAGUUCCUGCCCCACAGCAUCUGUGCCAUGCAAUGAGGGCUUUGGGUCCUGGCUGCUGAGAUCCUUUGACAGUUGAUUGUGCAUGGAAGUGAAAUGUUAUCACCUGAUCACUCCCACCCAGCCUCUUUCUGCCCCAUCCCUCCCAAGAAGAGAGAACAUCUCCGAUAAACUAACUGCUUUACAAGAAGUGAAGGCUUCUCUGGAAGCUCCCUUCCAGUGUGCGGAUGCUCAAACCACGCCUUUCAUUAGCAGCUUGAAUUCUUUCAUGGUUCAUAAAAGUUUGCAUGUAUUUUGUUCUCUAGAUCUGUUACCUACUUGGUUUUCUAACUCCUGUUUGGGGAGCAGGUAUUAAUAAUAACUUAUUCCUAAAGUUUGAAUUUUCUCAUGUGUGGUUUUAUUAUGUGUAUGUGUGGUAGGUACUUUGGGACAUUAUUUCAAAU